GAUAUCGAUACAUUGUAGUGUUGGUACAUAUUACACAUCCCUAAUCGGCGGAAAACAAAGAUGCGACGACGGUGGUGGCCAGGCGACGUUGGACCCCGGGCGCUGUUCCUGCUACUCCACUUGCUCCUCCUGGUGCUUCCGCAGACCGCCGCCACCCACCGCAACGAAACCACCAUCCGGAGCAGCAACAGCGACAGCGGUAUUCGGCACAGUCUUAGGGCCUCCUGCCCACAGCGACAUCUCGCUAAAAUCUUGCCGCCACCGAACACCUGCCCACCGGAGGUUCUGCAUCUAAGGGGCACCGUAUACAUCCUGUACGACGUCAACAUAUCCGAGGGCUUCAACCUGCGCCGCGAUGUAUACAUCCGCAUGGCGGUCUUCGUGCGUCGCCUGCGGCAGCGACGCAAGCGCUUCCGGAACGUGCGCCUGGUACUGCCACCAUGGCCACGCCUCUACCACUGGCACUCGCAAGGCCUGCACCAGAGCGGUCUGCCUUGGAGGCACUUCUUCGACCUGGCCAGUUUGCGUCGCUACGCUCCCGUGCUGGAUUACGACGAGUUCCUGGCAGAGCAACGCCUCUUUGGCGCACCAGGAGCACCGCUCGUGCAUGUGGCGCAUGCCUUUCGGCUGCAGCACUACGAGGUGAUGCUGGAGCAGGGCAUCUUCCGGGACAAGUUCGAGCGCGUGACGGACAAAGCGAUGUGCAGUGAGGAAUCACUGGCGGGCGGACCGCUGCUGCAGCAGUCGGAGCUGCAGGUGGAGCGCUUCCAUUGCGUCCGCUUCCAGGGCAGCGCCGGCCUUCUGGAGCAGCUGCUGCGAGUGGCCAUUGCCGAGGACACAGCGGGACCGGAGGACGUGGAUGAUAUGCGAACUUACGCCCUGCUUAGCGCUGAGACCGUGCUACACGAUCACUGGGGCGACGAGCUUUGGAGAGCGCGUCGCUCCAUGCGCUUCGCCCAGCGGCUCAGCCAGGUGGCCGACGACUUUCGCCAGCAGGCACUGGCCACCACGGACACCUCAGCGGGCGUGCAGCGGCCGGCCAUGUGGGAGCUGGAGCGACCCAAGAGGAAUGCACGCGGCGGAGAUUACCUGUGCGCACAUCUAAGGCGUGGCGACUUUGUGCGCUCGCGGGAGGCGACCACGCCCAGCCUGAAGUCAGCCGCCCAGCAAAUGAAGCAACUGAUGCGGGCCUUCAACGUGAGCACCGUGUUUGUGGCCAGCGAUGCCACGCCCUACGAACUAAUGGAGCUGAAGGAGCUGUUCUAUCGGUUCCGCUUUGUCCACUUUACGCCGGAGUCGAAUGGCCAGCGGCGCGAGCUGAAGGACGGCGGCGUGGCCGUGGUGGAUCAGCUGGUGUGCUCAUAUGCCCGCUACUUUGUGGGCACCUACGAGAGCACCUUCACCUACCGGAUCUAUGAGGAGCGCGAGAUCCUCGGCUUUAGCCAGGCUAGCACCUUCAAUACCUUCUGCAAGGCUCUGGGCGGCAGCUGUUCCCGGAACGCCGUCUGGCCCAUUGUCUGGGAUGACUACAGCGACAGCGAAGAGGAUCCUUACUGAAUCCUACCCAUUGUGUUCCAAAUUGCCAUGGCGAGAAGUGAAGCACUCGAAUCCUAGCUUUAAGAUCAGCAACAGAAAUUCCGAACAACCUGCGAUUAUGUACCAAAAAAACUCACAAAUCAAUUCUGCAUUUAGAUAAGGAGAAUUGGUAAA